AUGAAUAGCCAUAAUGAAGGAUAUGUCGUUGGGAAUGAUGAUGAAAGUGAUUUUAGUGAUGUAGAGGUACCUCAUCAACAAGAACAACAAACAGCACAAGUCGAUGACAUUGACAGAGUGUACAAGAUAUUAUUAGUUGGAAAGGAUGGUGUUGGAAAGAGUAGCCUAGUCGAGAGAUACACCGAGGGACACAAAGGUACAUCACUCUGGGGAAUGAAUGAUAUGGCCAUCUAUUGGAAGAAGAAGGUGGUGCUGGAUGAUGGUGGAACAGCCACUUUAUAUGUUAUGGACUGGACUGGAACGUCGGAGGAUAUGCCAGCUUGUAUAUAUCAGUGGGCACAUGGUAUAAUGAUGGUAUUCGACUUGACUCAAAAGGAGACAUUGACAUAUAUUGAUAAGUUUAUGACGCAACAGAUCAAAAGAUUCGCCAAUAAGAACAUUGUUAAAUUGAUGGUUGGCAACAAAUGUCAUCGAGCUGAUGGUAAACAAUUCAUUGAUCUCAAGUGUGCAAAGAUACAUGCAUACAAACAUCAACUAAAGUACAUAGAGACCUCUGCAAGAUGUUAUGUCAACAUUGACGAAUCAUUCAAAUUGAUGGCCAACCUAAUCUCAUCAUCAUCAUCAUCGUCUGCUUCCUCCAACUUCUCAAAUUCCUGA